AUGGAGGAAAAACCCUAUUCCUGCCUGGAGUGUGGACAGAGCUUUGCUCGGAGGGAUAAUCUGCAGCAACAUGUAAAGACUCACACUGGGGAGAAACCCUAUAAAUGCCUGGAGUGUGGACAGAGCUUUGCUUUUAUUUCAAGUCUACGUAGGCAUCAAAGGACUCACACUGGGGAGAAACCCUAUAAAUGCCAGGAAUGUGGACAGAGCUUUGCUCAUAGUUCAGGUCUGCAUACACAUAAAAGGACUCACACUGGAGAGAAACCCUAUAAAUGCUUGGAAUGUGGACAGAGCUUUGCUCAAAGUUCAUGUCUACAUAGACAUCAAAGGAUUCACACUGGACAGAAACCCCACAAAUGCCUGGAAUGUGGUCAGAGCUUCACUCAGAGUUCAAAUCUACGUACACAUCAAAGGAUUCACACUGGGGAGAAACCCUAUAAAUGCCUGGAAUGUGGACAAAGCUUCAAUCAGAGUUCUCAUCUACGUACACAUCAAAGGAUUCACACUGGGGAGAAACUCUAUAAUUGCCAGGAAUGUAGUCGGAGCUUCACUGAGAGUUCAAAUCUACGUACACAUCAAAGCAUUCACACAGGGGAGAAACCCUAUAAAUGCCAGGAAUGUGGACAAAGCUUCACUGUGAGUGGCCAUCUACAUAGACAUGAAAAGACUCACACUGGGGAGAAACCCUGUACGUGCCUAGAGUGUGGACAGAGCUUCGCUCAUAAUCCAGGUUUGCAUUCACAUAAAACGACUCACACUGGAGAGAAACUCUAUAAAUGCCUGGAAUGUGGACAGACUUUCACUCAUAAUUCCAGUCUACAUAGACAUCAAAGGACUCACACAGGGGAGAAACCCUAUACGUGCCUGGAGUGUGGACAGAGGUUCACUCAUAAUUCAAGUCUACGUACACAUCAAAGGAUUCACAUUGGGGAAAAACCUUAUAAAUGCCUGGAAUGUGGUCAAAGCUUCACUCAUAGUUCAAGUUUACGUACACAUCAAAGGAUUCACACUGGGGAGAAACCCUAUUCCUGCCUGGAGUGCGGAAAGAGCUUCACUCGGAGUGAUAAUCUGCAGCGACAUGUAAAGACUCACGCUGGGGAGAAACCCUAUACGUGCCUGGAGUGUGGCCAGAGCUUUGCUCGUCGUUCACAUCUACGUUCACAUGAAAGGACUCACACUGGGGAGAAACCCUAUAACUGCCUGGAGUGUGGACAGAGCUUCACUCAGAGUUCAGGUCUGCAUUCACAUAAAAGGACUCACACUGGGGAGAAACCCUAUACAUGCCUGGAAUGUGGACAGACUUUCAUUAGUAAUUCCAAUCUACAUAGACACCAAAGGACUCACACUGGUGAGAAAGCCUAUAAAUGCCUGGAAUAUGGUCAGAGCUUUACUCAGGUUUCAGGUUUGCAUUCACAUAAAAAGACUCACACUGGGUAGAAACCCUAUUCCUGCGUGGAGUGUGGACAGAGAUUUGCUCAUCGUUCACAUCUACAUUCACAUGAAAGGACUCACACUGAGGACAAACCCUAUACAUGCCUGGAAUGUGGUCAGAGCUUUGCUUUUAGUUCAAGUCUACGUAGGCAUCAAAGGAUUCACACUGGGCAGAAACCCUAUAAAUGCCUGGAAUGUGGACAGAGUUUCACUCAAAAUUCGAGUCUACAUAAACAUCAAAGGACUCACAUGAGGGAAGAAACCCUAUACAUGCCUUGACCCACACUGGGGGAAAAACCUUAUGAAUGCUUGGAGUGUGGCCUGAACUUCACUCAGAGUAGACCACUACGUUCACAUGAAAGCACACACAUUGGGGAGCAACCCUAUAAAUGCCUGGAGCGUGGACAGAGCUUCACUUGUAGUUCACCUCUACAUAAACAUCAAAGAACUCACCCUGGGGAGAAAACAUAUAUAGACAUAACAUAAAGUCAUAGAAUCAUAGAAUAAUAUGAGUUGGAAGAGAUGACAUGGGACAUCCAAUCCUGCAAUGAUUUUAUAAGCUUCAUGUGCUUUUAUGGAUUUGACCAAUUUUUAAAAAAUAUUAAUGAUGUUCAAUGCAGUUUCAAUAUUUGUAUAUUUUAAGUUGUAUUGCAACACUGUUAAUUUGUGAGCCACUUUGAGUGUCCGAAUGGAGAGAAAAAGCGGGAUAUAAAUAAAUGUAAUAAUGAGAACCCCUCGCCUUGCAGGAAAAGCACAAUCCAAGUAUCCCUGAGAGAUGGCAUGUGGAAAGAGCGUCCCUGAGAGUUGACGUCUACAUAGACUUCCCAUUGGAGGGAACUGUGGUCAUUGAUCCCAGAGAGACUCUAAGGCAGAGCUUUCCAAACUUUUCAUGUUGGUGUCACGUUUUAGACACGCAUCCUUUCGUGACACUGUAAUUCAGUUUAAGUAGCCAGACAGAGGUUAAACCAACUCCAUAUAAGAUUUUCAAUACAUAUAAUAAUAUAUACAGAUAGGUUUCAUAUAAUCUUUCUGUAUAAAUAAUCCUUGUGUCAUUUCCUCUGUAGCUGCUCCAUGUAUUUCAUCGCAAAUUUUUUUACUAAUACAUUUUAUUUCCUUACUUUUAUCAACUUUUUCAUUUUAGUGGUAAUUACUGCAGUUCAUUCAACAAAUUGGGCAGAUAAACAUAUCAUAACAGUACUUAGACUUGAACGCCCCCGCACUCCACUUCUGUCGUGAGUAUCUGAGGGGAGGAGAAUGACCAGGGACACAAUCAGCCCGGUGGGAAGUUCUCAGAAUUAGACCCAGGCCUGUUUGUUCAUUGGUUCGUGUACUUUGUGUGUCCGUACAGGAGUGUUUGAGUGGUGUGUGCUUUUCCUGAUUUAUUUUUGUAGUUGUGGCAGCUCCUCAAUGAACUGUAUGGUUUUAGCAU